GUACAUGGAGUUUCACUGAGUUUGGGGACUGCAAGGAAUUCAAACAUAAGCUUUGGCCAGACACAAUAUUCGCAGAGGUUGAAGUGUAGUCAGUUGCGCAGUGGAAAAGCACCAGUUUGGUUUCAAAUAAGGAUAAUGUGGCGGGCAGGUGAGAUAGCAAUUCAGCUGCUGAUGCAGCGCGGAAAACACUUACAGGAAACCAUUUGUAUCAAGAUUCGUUAAACUCUGCGCUGUUUGAUGCUGUUAUAACAUUGACAACUGGAUGGUAAGUUUAGCACUUUGUUUCGCUGUCGUUUACUGCUGCUAUGCUUGCAUGCAAUGCUUCGUUUCGACUGCAUUUUUCUUAAGGAAUCGAGAAGAAAAAUACUUUCACAAGUGUUUAUUCGUCGAAUGCCUGAACUAUAGAGAUACUCAUUUCCAGUUUUAUUGUAUUACAAUGACGGUAAAUUGAAACGUAUCUGAAUUUUUCCAUAAAUAUUCAUAAACAUUUAGCCUUUUUUGAUAUAUUGAAUAGGAAAAAUUGAGCAUUAAAUUCAUUUGGAGUACCUUGUGAUCUAAAAUAUAUUUCAAAUGAAAUUAAAAUUUCGCUCCCAUGUUUCCUUCAAUUGUUGACAUUUAAAGAUAACCUAAUAUAACAACAUGAUUUGAUAAAGCUUUUUCCUUGCUUCGUGCUAAAGUUUCAUGACAGCAAUAUUCCGUUUCUAUUUAAAGAAAUUUUUUCUUUUUUAAAAAUUUUGAUUACGUAACGUGAAGUCAUAGACAAGGCACACAAUACAGACAAACCAGCAAAUCAUUACCGUUUUAUCAAACCCAAACAUAUUUAAAUCAAAGACAUAGUUCAAAUAUUGAAAGAGUUUGCAGGAAACUUUCAUCACCUGUGUGUUUUUUGCUUUGGACAGACGGGAUGUGUAUGUUUUUACAUAAUCUGCCAAUUUGUUUGAUGCAUGUAUACGCAGUUGACAAAGAUACGCAACUUUAUAUCAGGAACUGUGUGUAAAAAAAUGGGCCUUGAGAUGUCAAAAAACCGAGAGACCAACCAUAGAACGUAUCGCUCUCAUUUUAAUAAACUAUACGAGAAUCCAAUUUUAAAAAUGGGAUGGGAGUGAUACAUUUUCUUACGACUAGGCAUCUAUUUUCUGUUUAAUUGACAUACAAUGCCUACCAAAAGUACUUGGAAUACCCAACAAUUUGCGUUUUAUUUUUCGAUUUUUUCAUUUCUUUUCUCGAAAAAGACUACUUCUGCCCCCUUUCCUCCGAGAACAAUGCUGAUAGCUUAGAAAAAUUGGUUGCAAAUCGAGGAAAAAACAUACUUCUUAACCUUCUGCUUUGUUUAAUCAUAAACCAACAUUGUUCCAAUGAGAAGGAAGUGUUUGGAUUUGCUCUUGAAAAGUAUCGUUGUAUUCCAAGACUUAUGGCAGGCAUUAUUGACAAAGAUAAAAAACUUCUUGUAACUGAUGAGAGGUUUUGUUUCUAAAUUGUGGCUUCAAAACAUCUGGUAUUCAAGAAAGCUUUAAGAAACUUUCAGCACGAAAAUCACCAAAAAAAGAAACUGUACAUUAAUCUGGAGCUUAGCUCCUUAUAAAAAAUGCGUGGAUACAAUGUUUUGGAGCAUCCUAAGUUGCAGAUAACUAUCAAGUUCACAACUUGACUCAACAAGUGUGACUUGCUAUUUUGAGCAGGUGUGCACAUUCACAACUUGCUUCAGUUAUGCUUAUAUCGAAUAACAAAUUUCGACACUAGUUUCUCGUGCAAGCAAUCGACAAUACAAAAACCAACGAAGAACAAAAUUGCAAGAGUCCAAAGAUUGUGUUAAGCCUAACGAUUACAGCAGACUUUUGCCUUUGCGACAAAAGCUAUAGUCGCAAAAGAUGUUUGCCUUUUGCGAUAAUUUUUGAGAUAAAAAAUGUUUGAUAUUUGAUAAUAGUCAUUUUGCAGACAACCAAGAAGAAGGUAAACGAAAACGAGGCGUGGUUAUCACACUGAGGCCACAGUUUCUAUUUUUGUUUACAGGAAGGCUUUUGGAGUUUUUUCUGAUAAGAUAAAGAAAUUGAUAAUUUUCCGGCAUCUGCUAAACAGUCAAAACAAACUGUUCUCAUCGUGCUUCUAUUGUUGAAACGUCUAAUUUAAUGAAAUGUAAAUUAGGAAAAAGCUUUGAUUGAUUGUUUCAAAAUUGUCUUGUUAGUACUUUGUUUUCCACGGCUAAAUGUGGCUGUUUACAAAUGAAAAGUGAUGUUUGUAGUAACAACAAUGUUGCCACCUUCUAUCCGACUGGUAUUCAGUGCUUAAAUAAAGCUUUCGAUAAAAUUAGCAUUGUGAAAGGAAUUUUCUUGCCUUUAUGAUUUCUCUUAUAAACUUUAUAAAAAUGAAAAUUAAAUUCAUCAUUCUCGUUUCAAGCUACACGUUUACAAUUUUUGUUACAUAAACAUAUACUUACGUAGUAUUUCUAAUGAAGAAUAUUUCCGUAGUUAAAUUAUAAUUUACCAUUUAUAACACGAUGCUUCUUUCCCACUGUAUCAAUGAAACUUAGCUACGCAAUUGAAUUGUGUAAAUGCAGAGUUCGUCUUUUUUCACUACCUUUGGUGACAGGAGUUAUUUAAAAAGCGUAUAAAAAUAGGAAAAGCAGGAUACGCGCAUUUUUCAUCAAAAACUAAUCUUGUGAUUAGAAGUCAACUCAGCUUCUUGUUCCCUUGGUUUAUUUUAGUACUUUCUAGUAAGUUCUUAAAUACCAGGUACCAAAUAGCUACUUGAUGCAAAAUCAUAAACGUAACAUGAUAUAACAUGAAAAAGUGCACUUAAUCAGUGCUCUCCAGUGCAGAAAAACUCUUCUCUCUGUUAUCUGUGUAAGUUUAGCAGCAAAUAGGCCCGUUAUGAUUGUAAAGGCCAGUUUACCAGCAAGUUGGUUUGUUUUCUUUCUACCUUUUGAAGAUUUAGGAGCUUUUUCUUUAGGUUGAGGCUGAUCAGUACUACGGUUUCUUAAAUUUGUGGUUGUAUCAGACCUCUGUUUUGUUUAAUUAUUACAGACGAUAAUGCAAACAGAUCUGGCAGAAGCUCGCGUUACGUUAGGUAAAAUCAUUGCUAUGGUGAGGUUCUCAAAAGCCAUCAAAUUCAAGCAAAUAAUUAUUACAUGCUACAGGCUUUGGAUGCUAAAAUCAACGUUUGCGAAGGACUUGUAUAAACCACUUCAAAUCAAAUCCAUGUGCAAAUCUAUAUCUACUUACGUCAUCACAAAGCUUUCCUUCAGCACGCAUCAGUAGAUUUUGCCCACAGCUGCAGAAAGAAAUGAUCGAGUGCAUGACUGAUAGACAUAGCGUGUCUGAUAGCUUGUUACCCGUAGAUGCUAUGAUAGCGAGAAUAAGAGCUAGAAUCUCUAAAAUUCAUGCAGGGAUCCUGGAAGCAGGGGGCUGCUGAAGGCUGUCUAGCCCCCCAAUUAUUUCCCAAAAUGUACUUAAAACGAGACAAAAAAUCGCCUUACUUGGUUUUGGUAUGUUUAGCCCCCCAACACGUUUUAACCCCUUUGAUCUGCAAUAUGCCCGCAGUCCUUCGGCUCGUGCGUUCUUCCUUCCUUUUCACACUACUUUUUCACUUGAGUUGCCACUGACAACCAAAUUUCACGCCUUGGGUCAGUCCAGCAACUGAUGAGCUCUAAUAUUGGGCGGUAUACCGACUGUUAGAGGUGCAAUUGCGUUUAUGCUCUCAAUAUUCAAUGCAGCUCUAUGGGAUAGAACAAAGCCUCUUGGUUAUCUGUCUUUAAAGAUUGUUAUAGUCUUUCGGGCUUAUGCAUUCGUCAAAAGCUGUCAUGUCAACAUUGUACUUAAAAAGGGGUCUGUCUGAGCAAUUGGAAGUUGUCUGCACUUUUAGGGGCCAUUUGCGUUGCUUUGAUUUGACAGCAAAAGUUUUGUUGAGUAAAUCAUGUGCCAAAUUCUGGGAAAACACUUCAUUCUCUUUUCAACGGUAGAAAAUUUGAGGUGGUGUUCUUUCCAAGUGGCACCCAAACUACAUCUGAUAACUGAAAUAAACAAGAUAGGCCAAUUGAGAAGCUAUAGUGUGGUAAACUCUAUUUGUGUAUUUUUGUAGAAUCAUCGCAUUUUAGGGAAUUAUGUAUUGCGCUAGAUGCCAAAUAAUACCUUGAGUUAUUCGUUUUCAGAUGACGAGAUCAGAACGCUCUUGUUUGGCAGGAUCACAAUCGUGAUGUUUUAUUGCAUAUAUUCUCUGGAGUAUCGAGCAAAACAUUUCUAUUCUGUUAAACAAUUUUUAAACAAAAAACGCUUGGUGGCUUAAAUGUAGGCCGAAAUCGCAUUUACUUGACUUGCUUUCAAUAAUUGCAACUACUGUGCUGCAAUUAACACCUUUUUGAUCUAAACAACAAUUUUCCAUUAGUUUUAAAAACCAUAGGCUCAAUUUUUGCUGAUCCAAGUUAAAACUCUGUUCUGUUUUAAAAACUUUAAAGGCUUAGCGUGGAUUUGUUACAAAGUUUUCUGAUCAUCUCCUACUGAAUAUUUGCAGCUUAUACCUGAGCUCGUCAAAAUAAAACUCACUUUUAACAAAUCUACUUGUUUGAAAAGCAAAAAUCAGGAUAAAAAGAUUUCAGUAUCUUAAAUUUUUGCACCAAAAGAUUUCAUUUCUAAUUAUGUUGCGUUUAAAAUGUAUCUUGUCAUUUAUAAACGCUGGCAGCAUUGUUUUCCUUUCCGGUAAAUUAUGUGAAAGUUACUUGAUCCCUUACACAAUGAAGUUUAUAGUUAUCGUCACAUGCUCAAAACGAAUGUGCUAGCAUCUGAAGCAGGUCCGUCGCUAUAGGAGGCGUGUGUUGUGUGACAUCCCCCUUGAAAAAAAUUCUAUUGCAUCAACGAGGAGGUUUUUUGCCAUCCAGAGGUGCUUUGUCGGCAAAUUUCCAAACUUGUCGGCAAGUAAAGAAUGGCUCAUCCACUUUGUCGGCAAAUGGAACUUGGAAACCCCUCUUGAGCACAAGAACUAGCGAUGGGCCUGAUCUAAAGGACACGGGUGUUUUAGCAACAUUUGCAGGUAUUUAAACAUUAAAAUCACAGUUGAAAGUAAGCAAGAACGCACUGCCAGGAUUUGUGGUAUCUACAAAAACCAAAAACUUUUUAACAAAAAGUAAUGUUCACAUUGCAAAAGAGGUGUUAUUUCAUUUUUAUUACGGUGGGAUGUUUCAAAAUUGGAAUCUUUUGCUCGAAUAGCCAAAAUAUAUUGUAACCUUGGUCUGAACGGAACUCUAUCCGAGGUUUAAUUUCAAACGCUAUCUUCUUGGAAUGACAUUUUUACAGCUUCAUUUCAAGAAAGUAGCCUAAAUCUUAUUUACGAUGUACGCAAAACAUUCAAAUUUGCCAAAUUACCAUCCAUUUGUACUGGAAUUUGAUAUACCCUAAUGCUUCAUCCAUAUUGAUCUUUGUUUUUUUACCUUUUCAUACUCCUUUCAGGUCACGUGUCGGCUUUUGACUGAGGACCUGAAGACCUGAAAAAGGUUCGUUCCUACUGCUUUUCAAGCAUAUUAUCCUUCAGUCAUCGUAAGUUUCUGAAGAACGUACCCGGAUUCCUUGCACCAGUUUAUCCUUGAAUCAUAAUCAGUUGCGGAGGAAUUUAAGUGCAACCGGAUAUGUACGGUCUUUUGUUGGAAAGUGUCCGCUUUUAUAUAAAGCAAAAAUAUGGACAAGAUGCAUGGGAACAAUUAUGUAAGCAUACCGGUUUGAAGAAUAAUGUAUUUGCUACAGCAGACAGCUACAGUGAUUCAAUAAUACCGAGGUUGUCCGAAUCUUGUUCAAAGUGUCUUCCAUGCGGAUUGCAACCCGACGCAUACAUGGAGUUUUUCGGAAAUUGUUUUGUGGAUUUUACAAGUACUAUGGGCUAUGGAAAAGUUCUCAAAGUCUAUGGACGCAGUUUUCGUGACUUUUUAGACAAUAUUGACAGCCUGCACGAACAUCUUCGUUUUGGCUACCCGAAACUGGUGUCACCGUCUUUUGAAUGUAAAGAAGAAACAAGCGUUGGCCUUACACUACAUUACAGAUCAAGGAGGUUUGGGUACAAAAAUUACGUCAUUGGUCAAGUGAAGGAAGUAGCAAAACUGUACUUUGAUUUGGAUAUUGAUGUGAACUUGUUAGAUGAAGCUGAUAUCUUAACCUCGUAUGGAGUAAGAAGAUGUCACAUCAUUUACAGGGUGAUUUUCGAUAACAGCGGAUUCAUGCCUCUUGUCAAAGAGCAUAAAAUGCUGAACCGCCAUUCUGUUCCUGUCGAUCUUAUAUUCAGAAUAUCUCCGUUUAGUUUUCUUAUCAACAAAGACUUAGAAAUUUUCCGUGCAUCGAGCGAUCUAAACCAAUAUUUUGGCGAAAAUAUGGCUGGAAAGAAAGUGCGGCAAAUUUUUACUUUGAGAAGACCACCCAUUGAGUUGACAUGGGACACUUUGGUGAAUCAUGGAAGAGUGAUAUUUGAGUUUGUUGCCAGGCAGGCAAGCAACAUAAGCUUGUUUACAGAUGGAAACAAUGUCGAAAGCGGCGAUUUAUCAUCUAGGAAAAAUGACUGGAUUGAAAAACUUAAGAAAUUAGAAAGAGGAUACAACAAUGCUUCAGAUGUUAGUCGAUUUUCAAAGCUAAAAUCAAAGUCAGUCGAUUUCACCAAAGAAAAAUUGACUGAAAGAAAUAUUCUUCAGAACGUGACAUGUAGUAGCAGAAUCAAUGCUGAAAGCGCUAGAAACAUCUCCGUCGGGCAGACUCCAAAAACUAUUAUGGUACAGAAACGAGCUAUGCUUAAAGAACGAUCUUCCACUAUGGAUAUUGCUGUUAUAAACACUGAAGAUAAAAUCUUGCCUUCGCGAAAGAUCAGUCCACGAAGAUCUUGCGAAUGGAACGGAAAAGCUACUGCAGAAUGUGAUGAGAGACUCGAUGCUCACAGCAGGACUAGUUAUCCAGGAUGUGUCCAAAACGAGGACGACAAUUCUUCAGGUAACCUAAUCCGGCCAGAGCCCAUUGGGAAACAACAUUCACGUGACCUGAGUCCAAGUAACACAGUAAAAUGUAACCGGAUGCUCAUUAAUGGAACAACAGAUGCCCAUGAUGAAAGUGACCGACAUUUUGCAAGUGCUGAUGUUUGGUACACUUCGCGUAGCAUGCAGAGACCAGAACCCAUUGGACAGGAGGAUGAGACAAAGUGUUCGAUGGUUGGGAUGCAAUCAGUCAAUGGCCCUACAGGGAGCAAGACCGAUACUGCAGCAAAGUAUAAAACAGAAAGAACAGUGACAACAGAAGGAAAUAAAGUUAAAAGAAAGCAAGAAAGCUCUUUGGCAAAGAGAGGUGUUGUUAAGAAUGCGAGAAAAGUGAGCAAAGAUGUCGCUGGACCAAGUAUAAGUAAUAAUAAUAAUAAAUACAAGGAAAACAGUUCCAUACUGAAUAAAGUAUUCCAGAAAAGGAAAAUAAUGAACAUGAACAUAAGCGAUGAGGCUUUGAUAGGAAGAAACCAAGAAAAGGCUUUUGAUAAUAAGGGGAAACGAGCUAUAGGUACUUCCAACGUGGAUGCAAGCGCCAUCCAAGCAGGACUUCCACCUCCAGAAUCGAUUGAAGAUCAAGCAACUCUUUGCAGUACGGGACUUUUCAGCUCCAUCAGAAGAGGUGUCGGCAGUAUGCGGUUAGCUUGCUUCCCUUCUUUGAAUGUCAGAAAUGUUAAAGUAGGAACUGCGUUAGCUUCGACUGAGCAGCAAGAAAACAAGUCGGUCGCUCAAAGUGUUCCAUCAAAGAAGGACAAAGGAAGCGAAAAUGCAAAGAUAUCGUCAGCGCCCCUCACGAGGAAGUCCCCGGCAAAGUCGACUGUUGAUGUAUUAAAAGAGCAAAACAUGGAAGUGAAAACUGAUCCGGUUUCAAGGAAGCGGGAACAGGUCAAUAGGCGCUCGGUUCCUGAGAAAAGUGACACGGAGCAAAAGAGGAAACGGGUUGAGAUGUGGCUACAAAGACAGCAGUGCAGACCACUUCAUCUCAGAGGACAAACGAAAUACAUUGCUUCCUGGAAUAUGGUUCUUUUUAUUGGUACCCCAUUAAUCGGCACAGUGGAUGAUCUUCUUUCGUCUGGUCUUUAUCUCAGUGACCUGAGUAUGCAUGAUGGGAGCAGGUUCUUGACAAUACAGGGAACCCAGAGAUUAUCAGAGAUAGAAUUCUCAUGUGAUCGUGAAAAACUAAAACGCGAACUUUUGAAAGAUACAACAAAGAAGCUGGAAGAAGAAAAAAGGAGAACUGAAGAGCUGCUAUAUAGUAUGAUGCCAAGAGAAAUCGCAGAGCGGAUGAAAAAUGGAGACAGAGAGCUCACAACUUGUGAGACAUUUGACGAUGUGACAAUCUUAUUUGGAUAUGUGAAUGAUUUCACGAAAAUCUGCAACAAAGUUGAAGCAAUGAAAGUUGUCCAGCUUGUCAGUGAAGUCUUUUCAUUAUUCGAUAUUCUCAGCGAAAAUCACAAAGUUUACAAGUUUGAAACAAUUGGAGGUGGUGUUUACAUGUUGGUGAGUGGUGUACCGGUCAAAAUAAACGAACAUGCAAGAGAAAUGGCUCUUAUGGCACUGGCAAUGCUUGAAAAAGUCCAAACUUUGAUAAAUCCACUAACAAACAUGCCUUUAGAAUUACAAAUAGGGAUACAUUCGGGACCUGUGGUCGCAGGUGUGAUUGGCCAGGCCACACUUCAGUAUUGCUUGUUUGGAAAUACAGUCAAUAUUGCAUCCAGAAUGCAGACAACAGGCACCAAAAUGAAAAUUCAUCUUAGUGAAGCCACAAAUCGAGAGCUCCAGUGCUCCGAGUUUGAUACUGAAUACAGAGGAAGAGUGCCGGUCAAGGGUGUCGGUAACCUCAACACAUAUUGGCUAAUCGGACUGAAAGGAUGUAGCAAGUUGAAUGUAAAUAGCAGUAAAUUGCUGGAAUCUGCAGAAGAAACAGUGAGGUGAUGCAGAUUAGUUUGUCAGUGCUAGUCAGGUGGAAGCAAUGCUUGACAUGUUUUCGAUGGACGAAAACAAGAAUCAGCCAUUUUGAUUAAAGUGGUGCUUUAUGUAGCAAGUACUGAAUUUGUAUAUCUGACAUCUUCUCAUCCCUGUAGAUUGAAAACCAUAUAAGAUUUAUCUCAGCACAUUACUGAGCGAGAUUGAAGGCUAAAAGAAGUUUUCUUUGAAAAAACGAAAAUGAAAGAAAAAUGUGUAUCUAUUUGACAGUAAUAACAGAUUUUUAAGAUAGCCAGAUAGAUAGACACCAAUGUUACGUUACUAGCCAGUUUGGCUUACAUGAAAAGUUGACUGGAUAAUCAGAAUCUGUAGGCUGUAUUUGCAAAAGAACGGUUGUGGGAGUCACAAGCGAUGUGUUCAGGCCCACCAAUUCUUGGAACUGAAGCAAAAAGAAAGAUCCAUGAUGACCUCUUUAAAACCGUGAUUUUCAUUGCUUUUGUUCUUGUUAGGAAUGUUAUAACUUUCGGAGCCUCUUUCAGCUCGGGGCCUGAGGCGGAAAUCUCCCUGUCCCUCUCUUGGCGGUCCUAAUGUGGUUAUCUCGUAAUGAUCGAAAUGGUAUCGUUUUAUUCUGAAAAUCGGAACGGUUUAAAAAGUUACAGGAAAAAUGCUACGAAAGCAUUCAAUUGUUUCGUUACGUUUUCCAAAUAAAAGGGGGUCUGGUCCACGAAACGAAAAUAGCUCUUAUUUCUCUUUAUUAUCUUACCGAUAAAUUAGCGUUUAAAGGAAAAGCAUACAUGUGCUCGAAUUACCUGAAGCUAGCAUAUCAGAAAUGAUAGCGAAAGAAAUACUUUUAUAGAAGUAAGAAGUAGCGAAUUAUUAGCCAGCAAUUUUUUUCUUGUUGAUAAAUUGAAAGGUCAAAAUCUGGUGAAAUUGAAACCACUAGCUUAAAUGUUUGUAAUGUAUAUUGAUAAUUCAGUGGCAAAAAUUAAGUAAAAAACAUUCUAUUGUAGUAGAGUUUCGACGCGAUAUGAGAUCAUCUCUAUGUAUUAUUAUAGAUAACCCCAAUGUGUGUGACACAUAACAUGUAAAUAUGUUUUGAAAAUUUAUUUCUCCGUUGAUCUCGAAAUCAAGUUACUUUUAUUUAAAAUGUAGUAUAAAUUGCAUUGCAAUAAACGUGUUAAUAUAUUUCUGUUGCAAACAGUUUGUAUGCAUAUGCAUAUAGUAAAAACGACAUUAUUGAGUAUAUAUGACAAUAGUUGUGAAUUAAUUGUGAACCAAAUCCACGCCGUUUAUUCAGUGUAAAUAUUAUAUCAACCGUUGUUCAGAUUUCUUUGAUUUCAAUAAUUUUUAAGAUACACGUCAGGAUAUCAUCCGAGCAUCUAUAAAAGACUUUCCGGUCAGUUGUACAUACUGACAAACAGGGGCGGACACUUGGUCAAAUAUGGGGGGCAAGUCUAUUAUUUCAAUACGAUGACAUCACAUUUCCCAUUGUCCUAAAACAAAAGACAAUUGUUCUCCAAAGUAUUGGGGGCGACCGCACCCUUGCCCCCCCCAGGUGUCCUCCACUGCUGACAAAUGCAAGUUUCUCUUUGCAAUAGUCAUGAAUAAAGUUGAUUUGAAUUGUUGCACUUUUAACCUUGAAACUUGAACGAUGACCUCUGAGAUUUUAAAAUAUGUUGCUAUCUAGAAUUUUUGCAUCUGUUUGCAUGUCUGUAUGUAUCAUCAGACUGAAAAUGGGAGUAAAAGCAUGGAUCGAAGACACUUAAUCGUAAAUUUUGAUUAUUUGAAAGGGCAUUUUUCGAUUUAAAACAGAGUGGCAGCUUUUUAUUGCACCAAAGAGUUGGAAAACAACAAAGGCAUGUUAUUUCUUGAUUUUAAAAGCAAAGCAAUUGGAAACAUUGCUUUAAACUUUAGAUAUCGAAAUUCACUAGCAUAAGGACCUUCUUGUUGUUUAAAUCUUAUGCACUGUAAAGGAUUCAUUUCCAAUUUUCUUG